AUGCUAUUGUUUUUUUUUCAGAAACUCACAUAUAAAAUGAACUAUUUUAGCGGAUAUGGGUUACCACGGUUUAGCAAGGAUCUAACUUCAGAAUUUCAACUAAAACCAGAGUCUACAGAUCGUUUCGUUCAAGUGACUAGAACUUCAGGACGCUGGAGAGAUUUAGUAGACCCAAACAAUGAUUCAAACAACACAUACAUUUACAAAGGAUCCCAGUCAACAGAACUGGAGGGCAAACAAAAGAAUUCCAAAAUAAAGUUGUAUGUGGCGAUUUUGAUACUUUUUACUUACCUGAUCGUUUCCUGCAUUGGAGUAGCUGUUGUGUCAACCAUGUUAUAUCACGAGCAAAAUAAACACAAUAAUGAUGCUCUUACAACAAAGUCAAUUACAAUGACAACAAUAAAUCCAACACUACACUGCAAAGACGAUACACCAGCCGCAGAGAAAUGUAGCGAAGGUUGGACCUUAAAUGAUGGUUCCUGCUAUUGGUUAAAUAAAGAUUUUUUAAGCUGGGACGAGGCAGAGGCAGCUUGUCGAAAGAAGUCAGCUACUUUGGUUGAGAUCACAAAUGGGAACGAAAACAUGUUUUUAGAAGAAUUUGCAAUAAACUACUUGAUAUGGGUUGGAAUACAAGUUAUUGAGAGUAACACUCCAAUAAACACCUGCUCGCAGACACCUUCUUCCGUUGGAUUAACAUACACUAGAGAAUUUGGAAAGUGUAUAGAAUUAAUUGCGGUAUUAGAUGAAACUGGUGAACCUUUUUCGUUCUUUGUUAAUCGUGAUUUAUAA